AUGUCUGUAGUAUACAAUAAGACUCCCUUAUUAAGGAAAGUAUUUCAAAACUCUCAAAAUUUACCACAAUUUUUUUUAAAAUAUGAAUGCUUACAACCAAGUGGUAGUUUUAAAAGUAGAGGUAUUGGUAAUUUAAUUUUAAAGAGUGCAACACAAAUUAAUAAAAUUGGUAAUAAAAAACCUCAUGUUUUUGCAAGUUCUGGUGGUAAUGCAGGUUUUGCAGCUGCAACGGCUUGUAAAACUUUAAAUUUACCUUGUACUGUUGUUGUUCCAAAGGCAACAAAACAAAGAAUGGUCGAAAAAAUUAAAGAUACUGGUGCUAAUGUAAUUAUUAAUGGUGCUCAUUGGAAAGAAGCUGAUAUUUUUUUAAAAAAUUCAAUAAUGAAUAAAAUUGAUAAUAAUUUAAUUGAACCAAUCUAUGUUCAUCCAUUUGAUAAUCCACAAAUUUGGGAAGGUCAUUCAACUUUAGUUGAUGAAAUGAUUGAAUCUUUAGAAUCACAAAAUGUUCCCUUAACAAAAAUUAAAGGUAUAGUUUGUAGUGUUGGUGGCGGCGGACUUUAUAAUGGUAUUAUUCAAGGUUUAGAAAGAUUUAAUCUUGCCAACAAAAUCCCAAUUGUUGGUGUUGAGACCAAAGGUUGUCAUGUAUUUAAUACCUCUUUAAAGAUGAAUAAACCAAUUCAAUUCGAAAAGAUUACAAGUAUUGCUACAUCUUUAGGAACAGCAAAUAUUUCAGAUAAAACUUUUGAAUAUGCUAAAAAAUAUAAUACUAAAUCAGUUGUUGUUGAAGAUAUUGAUGUUAUUGAAACUUGUUUAAAUUAUACUCAAAGUUCUAACAUGGUCACUGAACCUGCAUGUGGUGCUGCAAUUCAUUUAGCUUACCAUACUGAUAUCUUAGAGAAGGCAUUAGGACAAAAAUUGUCAGCUGAUGAUGUUAUCUUAAUUAUUGCAUGUGGUGGUUCUUCCAAUACUAUUAGCGAUUUAGAAACAACUUUAGUUAGGUUGAAAGAAGAGAAAUCUUUGAAAAAUAUUCCGUUUAUUAAUAGUACACUCACCGAAGGUGAAAAACAUACACUAAGAUUAAAAUCUCUAUAG